AUGGAAAAUCAAUUUUUUUCAAACACCAAUCUUCAUUUUGAACAAUCACAUCCUACAUGGCAACCACUCUCACUUUCGUCUGAACAACAACAUAAUCAAGAAUGUUUCUACACACCAGCAGAUCAAUGUGUUCGUCAAUUUGACUCAGCACUUAGCUCAAUGGUAUCUUCACCAGCAGCAUCCAAUUCCAACAUGUCAAAUGAAAACUUUGUCAUCAGAGAAUUGAUUGGAAAAUUGGGAAACAUUGGUAAUUGUUCCGAUGAGAUCUCACACACUUUGGUUGCUGCAAACUCUUACAUCAAUAGCAAUAACAAUACUUCAUGUUACAACACCCCUUUGAAUUCUCCUCCUAAAUUGAGCAUUCAAAACAUGAAUUUGAAUUCAACCGUCGCAGAAUUCUCAACUGAUCCUGGUUUUGCUGAACGAGCUGCGAAAUUCUCUUGCUUUGGAAGUAGGAGUUUUAAUGGAAGAACAACUACACAAUUGAGUCAAAGUCAAAGAUCUACUCCAUUGAUGGAAAAUGGAAAACUCUCUAGAGUUUCAAGUAGUCCAUCAUUGAAAGAACUUGGAUCUCAAUCUCAAUCUCAAUCUCAACUUCAUGAUCCAAUUGAAGUUAACAAUUCACAAGAUGAAUCAACAAUCUCUGAGAAUGGUAACAAACCAUCUCCUUAUGUGAAUUCAAGGAAAAGAAAAGCAUCUUCCAAAGGAAAAUCCAAAGAAAAUUCAACUUCUAGUAACCCUCAAAUGGCUUGUGAAGUUGGUGAAGAUUCAAAUUCAAAGCGCAUGAAAACAAGCAAAGGUGAAAAAGUUGAAAAUGGUAAAGUAAAAGCAGAGGAAGAGUCAAAAGGGGGUACAAAUAGUAAUAAUGGAGGUGAUGAAAAACAGAAUAAAAGUAACUCAAAACCACCUGAGGCUCCAAAGGAUUACAUUCAUGUCAGAGCAAGAAGAGGUCAAGCUACUGACAGCCAUAGUCUUGCAGAAAGAGUUAGAAGGGAGAAAAUAAGUGAAAGAAUGAAGCUUCUACAAGAUCUCGUACCGGGUUGCAAUAAGGUUACUGGAAAAGCACUUAUGCUUGAUGAAAUUAUAAACUAUGUUCAAUCAUUGCAGCGUCAAGUUGAGUUCCUAUCUAUGAAAUUGGCUUCUGUCAACACAAGGGUGGAUUUUAGUAUUGAAAACCUAAUCUCAAAAGAUAUAUUUCAAUCAAAUAAUUCUUUGGCACACCCAAUAUUCUCUCAAGAUUCCUCAGCACCAUCCUUUUAUGGGCAACAACACCAGCAAAAUCCAGCAAUCCACAAUAGCAUUUCUAAUGGAACUAUGCCCCACAACUCAUUGGACCCAUUAGAAAAUGCUUUGUGCCAAAACCUUGGCAUGCACUUAUCUUCACUUAAUGGAUUCCAUGAAGCUGCCUCUCAGUAUCCAUUAACAUUCUCUGAAGAUGACCUCCACACAAUUGUUCAAAUGGGAUUUGGACAAACUGACAAUAGAAAAUCACCAAUACAAUUUCAGAAUUUGAACGGCACAAAUCAACUACCCCUAUGA